AUGAUAUCCUCUAUCCGUCUAUUUAAACCAUCUCUGUUAUUCACUUUAAGAAAAUCAUCUUUCUUUGUGAUUAUAAUCUUUAUAGCAUUUAUUGCCAUUUUAGCCAACUGGUUCCACCUUUCAAAUUACUCACCGUUUGAAAAUCUAAAAACUGCUACAUCUUCAAACUGUGACUCCCUUCUUAAAUACGGCCGGUAUCUCAGUGAUUCCAAUGAAGACCCUUCUCAAUGGCAACCUGACGGCUGUGUAUUGAAAAAGUACAGCAAAAAAGAUCUUAACAAAUGCUUUAAACCAGGCGACGAAAUCUAUUUUAUGGGUGACUCUACGGCCCGUCAAGUUUUUAUGGGAUUCAUAACUCUUCUUUUUGAAUCUCGAAACGCUGAAAAAAAGGCCCAACGUUCUUUAAAAGCUACCCAUGAGGGAAUCAUUUUUAAGUUUGUUUGGGAUAUCUUCUUAAAUAAAGAGGCUGCUCAAUUUACUAGAAGUAUAGCACAAUCUGGCCUAAAAUCUGAAAUCAAACAAGCCGCUUUGGAAAUUGCAAUGAACAAAUCUUCUACCUAUCAACCAAAAACUUAUGUUUAUGCUACUAUGGGACCUUGGCAUGCUGCUACGCUGAAACCAGAUGUAUACCUAGCUAAAUACGAUUUUGAAAUUACAAGAUUUCUUUCUUAUUUCGACAACCAAAUUGACGGAGCUUUUGAUAAAGUUUAUUUUGCCCCACCAUUUAUUCCAUUUUACGAUAGACUUGCACCUUACAGAGCUGAUUCCAUGCUACCAUAUAAAUAUGGAAAUAUGACUACCAUUUCCGACGAAAAGUUCCAUUACUUGCGCACAGAAGAUACUGUUCUUUCCACCAAAAACCCUAUUAGGUAUACUGGUGGAGUCCGUACAAAAUCUCCCAAUUCUACUGAGAUUUCUUCAUACUAUGUCCCAGUUUUCCAGCAACUAGCAAGUGAAUGGCAAAUGUCCGCUUUUGAUGAUUUAGGGGUUCACUAUGGAAAUAUGGGAAGUCUUAUUCAAGCAAACAUUCUUCUCAAUCACAUGUGCAAUGACAAGAUAGCUGAAGAGUCUUUGAUUGAAGGAGGAACCUGCUGCGUGCCUUACAUUGAUCGAAAGGGGAAUUUCACUUUUUUCGGCUUAAUAACGAAAGCUUUAGUUGUCAUCCCUGUGUUUUUACUUUCUUAUGUUCUUUUUAGAUCCUCAAUCAAGACUUUAGAAUACUCUGUUUUGGUUGUGGGGAUUUUGUCUCCGGUGGCCAUUUGGGCCCAUAUCUCCAACGAAACCCAUCUCAUCAACAAAAGUGACUUAUAUUUUUCCAAAACUGAAUUUUGGGGUCUGCUACAGGUUUGGGGAAUCAGUGUUUUAUUGUCUGGUCUUUUUGCAAAACCCAAUCCUUCCUCUGUGAUUCUUGUCGAAUGGCAAGGUCUCUGUGUUACUCUGUAUCUCAUUAUACAGUACUCAGGUGUGACAACAAUUCUUAAUGUUUUUGAUGGCGAGGUUUGUGCGCGCCUGCUGCUCUCUAUAUGGCUGUUGCUUCAGGUGUAUGAGUUUACUCUUAGCUGCUUAACCCAUCUCGAUUCUACAAAUUCUUUUUUAGGUCUUUAUAUUCGGCUCAUCCCUACGACUUUUAAGGCUCUCGCUCGUGCUUUAGCUCUUCCUUUACUUUUGAAUGCUAGUGUUACUGAUAUUUUCAGAGAUUACCCACCAAAUUCUCCAGCUCCUUCUUUUAUCGAUCCCGCAGCAAAACUAGUUUUUGGAAUUAUUUUUGUUUUUUUGCUUUUACCAGCUGUUUAUUAUCUAAGGGAAACCAAGGAAGAAUAUUUUCUUUUAAAUAAAGCAUUCACCAUCAUAGUCACACCAAUUAGGGAAAAAGUAUCAUCUAGCCUUUUUGUUCAAAGAAUUGGUUUCCAAACAGUUUUCAUUUUAAUUAUUUCUUUAAUUUUGCGAGGUAUUAGCUGGUCUUUCCACCAAAAUCAACCUUCCACUACAUUUGGAAGAGCAAUCAACGCCAUUCUCGCGGAUUAUUGGAUAGUUGUAUUCGGCUUAUGGAUUCCUAUAGCCCAGAAAUCUCUCUUUGGUGAAGAAGAAUUUACAAUCACCUCCUUUUCUAUUGUUUCGGCAAUCGUUGCUUUAGUUGCGGCAUUUACAUAUGUGCAUUAUUAUAUUUCAUUUUAUCUUCCCAGCAAUCCUUACGAUAUUUCCCAGCCUCCUACUUAUAUCCAAAGUAAUAUUUCCGAGUAUAAUAGUGUCUUAGCACACCGUGGAGAAACAUAUGGAACUUUGACACACUUACUUUUAGUUUUAAUUGUUUCAUUCUCUUAUUUAAUUAUUCGUUUGGGAAUUGUUCAAUUAACAACACAAAACAAAACCACUCGCUUUUUCUCCCCAGUUUUAGUCACUGCUGCUCACGCUGGGUAUGAGCUACUGCUGUUAUAUCCUUAUACACUCUUAGCGGUUGGAGGAACCGUGCGGCUUAAUUAUUUUCCUACAGGAAUAGCACACGCAUCACUCAUCACUCGCUCUUUUGGGUUUGUUAGUGACGAUUACAGUUUCCCAUAUCUUAGAUGGAGAUUUUUUGGCAAAUUAAGCAAAGUCUUAGUCUUAGUGAUAUCAACCGGUGUGUUUUGGAUAAUUGCACAACUUAGUGCCAGUGUUUGGACCUUUUUCUGGCCUUCGGAUAAUCAACAAGAAGAAAACGAAGCUGCUGAAAAAGUUUUUGAUGUUUAA